UAUGGUGGCUAGCUAUUGUGGCAACACUGGCUGAGGGGAAGCAGUUCUCUCAUUGAAGAGGUAGAGGUUGGGCACUCAGAGCCCCGAGCACACCACACUGCACACACACGAUGGUGGCAACGCUGGCAGUGGUGGUGGACGGCACGGCGGAGGAGGGACUGCGGGAGGGCGCCAAGCGGGUCCUCGCCCAUGUCAGGCCUCACUGGCAGCAUUCUAACCUCACUUUCAAGACGUACACCGCGGGCGUGACGAACAUCCUGGUGGGCGUGUGGUGCGGCCAGGAAAGGGAGCAGGUGCUGGUGCGAGUCUAUGGUAACAACACUCACCUCUUCAUCGACCGACAACAGGAGAUCGAGACCAUGCAGGCUGUGCACGCCGCUGGGUGUGGGCCGCAAGUAUUCGCAGCUUUCACCAACGGGCUGUGCUACGCCUUCACGCCAGGGGUGCCCCUCACUAUCCAGGACGUGACCCGCCAGCCAGUGUGGCACGCCAACGCCAGACAAAUGGCCACCUUCCAUAAGAUUCAGAGCGGAGAGCAGCAGAAACCGAUGCUGUUCACCAAAAUACGCCAGUUCCUUGCUCUCCUGCCGCCCGCCUUCACGGAUCCUAAGAAACAGAAAAGGCUGGAGGAGAGCGGCUGCACAAGAGACGCUCUGGUUCGUCUGACUGAAGAGCUGGAGACCCAUUUGGUGCCCCUGGGGUGCCCCGUGGUGUUCUGCCAUAACGAUCUUGUCAUGAGGAACAUUAUCUGGGACAAGAACUCUGCUUCUGUGUCUUUCAUUGACUUCGAGUACUCGGCCACGAACUACCAGCCCUUCGACAUCGCCAACCACUUCAACGAAUACUCUGGGAUGGACGAAAUGGAUUACAGUUUGUAUCCAAGCGAGGAGGCACAACGUGCAUGGCUAAGGACCUACUUGGCUCAAUACCGCGAUGUGACUGAGGAAGAGGUGCAGGUGGAUGAAGUGGAGCUGUGGUUAGCCUGGGUUACCAAGUUCACUUUGGCAUCUCAUCUCUUCUGGGGCAUGUGGGGCUUCCUGCAGGCGUGCCACUCCUCUAUAGACUUCGACUACGUGAAGUACGGCAUCGCUCGCCUGGCGGAAUACCACAGAAAGAAGCAGGAAGUGUUUGCUUUGGCCGUGGGUACUGUUGUUCCCUCGCCGCCAGUGCCUCACGGGACGGUUGGAAGCACCACCUGAAGUUCGUUCGUAGAGUUCAUCCAUGCAGUCACGUAGCCAAGACACAAGUUAGAUGACGGUGGAAGAGACGCUACUGGAUGAUCAUAUACUCAAACCUUGUUACUGUUAUAUUUUUGUGGCCCUAUAUUCAAACAAAAAGCUAAUGUAUUAAUAUUUACUUGCUUCUUAUAUUUUGUAAAGAUGAUAUUACUGUAUGUUAGUAAUUGGAUUAGGAAUCGCAUUUUGUAAUUUCGACUUAAAUCAGGGACUCCAAUCAAAUGGUGUUGCUGCUUGAACCUAAACUUUAACUAGCUGACGCUAAAAUCCUUGCCAGUAUUGAUGCUGUGUUUGUUUGUUUGUUUGUUUGUUUGUUUGUUUGUUUGUUUGUUUGUUUGUUUGUGUGUGUGUGUGUGUGUGUGUGUGUGUGUGUGUGUGUGUGUGUGUGUGUGUCCUUGGCAGACUCCCUGACUAUGAUGAUAAUUAUAGAAAUAAGUAGUAUACGUCAAACUUCGCUUAUAUUUGUUAAUAUUAAUGAUUUCUUAGUUAGGGCAUUGCUAGCAGAUGAUCAUUGCUCUCAUACCAGUGUGGCAGUGUUGUAUUGUGUAUAAUUACAAGCAAGGAUAUUUGAUUAUAAUCACAGUCAUGAUUUGCCUCUUACCAAUAAUUUACGACAAUGAAUAUUAGCACUAUCAACUCAUCAACAACAUUCGUGGGUUCCUUGUCACUCCCUGUUAAGUUUAUGGCAGCCUUACUUCCUGUCAUAUUCUAGUAUUAACUUUACUUUUCUAGAGUCACUUCUCGUACUCCUGCACGACACUCGACUUUUGUUACUACCGCCAUACAAAAUUAUAUCGUCUUGCUUAUAUUCCUUGAUGAACACUCCAGGUUUCUUUCUAGUAUAAUUGAAAUGAAAUGAUGAAGAGUAAAAUCACACCGUUACAACUCCGCAGACAUUUGUAUGUAUAUCACUGAGUCAUGGGUUGGAGAAUUCUGUGAUGACUCAGGCCAUGAAGCGGCCAAAACAUGUGACUUGUCUGAAGACAUGGGGAAUAUUGAUAAUCUGCAUAUUAGUACUUCGAUAUUGUAUUGUUAUUUUGUGAUGUAUAAUAAACUUCUUGCAAAAUGUU